AUGGAUAAACCAUAUGACGAAAUGGUUGAAGUACUGGAAUCCGAGGAUAUAGCUACACCACGUCUACAACAGUCGUUAGCUGAGAACCAUGAUAGACCCCAAGAUUCUCGAGCAGAUGAUAGCAGGGAAAUUAACAUCAGCCGCGCAAAAACCAAUGAUUGGAAUGAAGUCGAACAUGCAAAAGUUAGUGGUUUAGGAAGUUCUGAUGAUGACGAUGAUGAUGAAGAGGAGGAAGAUGAUGAGGAUGAAGACGAUGAUGAUGAUGAUGAUAAAAAUCCUAAUAUACCAGAUGAAAUUGAAGGUGCCUAUAAUCCAGGGGAUUAUGAACAUUUGGCAGUGUCGUCUGAAAUUAAAGAAAUGUUUCAAUACAUACAAAGAUAUACACCACAAACAGUUGAAUUAGAAACAAAAUUGAAACCAUUCAUCCCAGAUUAUAUGCCAGCUGUUGGAGAUAUCGAUGCGUUUUUAAAGAUCCCUAGACCAGAUGGUAAACCUGAUUAUUUAGCGUUAUCUAAACAAACUACACUGAAACAAGUGGCAGUUAGAAGUAUUGAAAAUCCUCAACAACAAACAAAAGCAGUAGACAAUUGGAUUAAAAGUAUUACAGAUCUGCAUAGGUCAAAACCUCCACCAACUGUACAGUAUGUCAGGAAUAUGCCUGAAAUAUCUCAACUUAUGGCUGAAUGGCCAACAACAUUUGAAGAAUGCUUACAAAAUGUACAACUUCCAUCUUCCCAAUUAGACUGUAGUCUAAAAGAUUAUGUGGAUAUCAUAUGUGCCCUUUUAGAUAUCCCAGUGUGCAACAAUCGAAUACACUCCCUACAUUUAUUAUUCUCAUUGUAUCUUGAAUUUAAAAACUCACAACAUUUUCGUCAGAAGGACUCAAUUACAACAUGA